AAAGAAUAAUUUUAAUUCUUUAUUAAAUUUGGUUGAUUAAUAAAAGAAAAGAAAGUAUAAUAAUUUUGUUUGGAAAAAAAACGAAAACAAAAUGAUAAUAAUAAAUUUAUUUUUAUACCUUUUUAUAUUUAAAAAAAUAAAUUUAUUGGGCCUCAAAAUUUAUAGGCCCAUGGAUGAUGGGCCACCAGAAAAAAAAAAAAAUAAAUAAAAAUUUAGGGCAAUUCAUUUCAUCCUCCCCAAUCGCCUCCAUCUCUAUUCUCAUUCACAACUCUGAACUUAAAUUUCAAAAAAAUAAAAUAAAUAAAACUCUGAACUUGCCCCCCUCUCUCUCUCUCUGGAACUGCAAACUACAAAAUCUACAAGAAUCAGAAGUUCACCCACAUAUUUCAGUUUAUCUAUCUAUCUGUAUGCAAGAAUCAAAAGUUAAAAACCCAUAUCGGCAUAUCAUUUCAGAUUGUUCAAAAAAUCAAAACCCAUAUCUUUCAGUUUCCAUCGCCCGCUGUUCCAGUUCGGGUUCGCCGUUCGCAAGCUUCAGUCGCUGGCCCGCUGUCUCUCAACUCUCACCCCUCUCUCUCUGCAACUGCUAACUUGUAUGUAUGGGUUUUGUUUUUAAUUUUUUUCUAAAUCAACUAAUCAAGGUCUGUAAUUCUUGUUUUGGAAACUAAAUCCUAAAAUCAGGUGUAAUCUUGAUUUAGUGAGGAGUGUGAAUGUUGUUCCUUGGCUCAUCAUCUUCUUCUUUUUCUUUGUCGAUUCUGAGUUGAACCAUUUCAGAUACAGUCACAUCUCUCUCUCAAUUCCGAAGCCGUACUUAUAGUGUACAUAUAUAUAUAUAUAUUAUAUGCGUAUACAUACCCAUGAACUUCAGAACCAAGGGAUUGUUCUCGAUACUGCGAUUCAACCCAACACCAUGUGAGACCUUCUCCAACCACCACCAUCAACAAUGUCGAACCCUAGUCAGGGUUCGUCUCAAAUGGGUCAAGAAUCGAAGCCUAGACCACAUCAUCGACACCCACACCGACCUCAAAGCUGCUUGCCUCCUCAAGGACGCCAUCAACCGCUCCUCCACCGGUUUUCUCACCUCCAAAUCCAUCAACGACUGGCAAAAGCUCCUCGGUCUCACCGUCCCAACCCUCCGUUUCAUUCGCCGAUACCCAACUCUAUUCGAAGAGUUUCCUCACCCCAGGUACCCCAGCUUGCCCUGUUUUCGCCUCACAAAUAUUGCCAACAAUCUGCACAGUGAAGAACAACGCAUAUUCCAGACCCACGAAGCCGACACGGUCCAACGGCUUUGUCGUGUACUCAUGAUGAUGAAGAACAAGAUGGUACCUUUCCAAUCACUUCACCCUUUGAAAUGGGAUUUGGGUUUACCUGAUGAUUUCGAUAGAACCCUCAUUAGGAAGUACCCGGAUUGUUUCCGGGUCGUUAAGGGUCCGAAUGGGUUGUGUUUGAAGCUCGAGCAAUGGCGUGAAGAGUUUGCAGUUUCUGAGUUGCAGAAGAGUCAUGAGAAUGGUGAAUUGGGUAGCGGUAGUGGUGGUAGUGGAGGGUAUAGGCAAUUCAAGAGGGAAUACUCAGCAUUGGGAUUUCCAAUGAGUUUUCCUAGGGGUUAUGGGGCGCAGAAUAAGGUGAAGGCCUGGAUGGAGGAGUUUCAGAAGUUGCCAUACAUUUCACCAUAUGAGGACUCUAGGGGAAUUGACCCAAAUAGUGAUCUUAUGGAGAAGAGGGUUGUUGGGGUUCUACAUGAAUUUUUGAGCUUGACUAUUUAUAAGAAGACAAAGAGGAAUUACUUGAGAAGUUUGAGAGAAGAAUUGAAUCUUCCUCACAAGUUUACACGAAUUUUUACUAGGUACCCUGGGAUAUUCUAUCUUUCAUUGAAGUGUAAGACCACAACUGUGGCAAUAAGAGAAGGGUACCGGCGGGGAAAAUUAGCGAACCCUCAUCCACUCUCUGGUUUAAGAGAGAAGUUUUAUCAUGUGAUGAGAACUGGAUUGCUUUAUCGGGGUAAAGGUGUGGGCAUGAUACCUCAGCCAGACAAUUUAGGUAAUGUUGAGGAGGAUGACACAGAACAAGAAGAGCUCGAGGAGGAAGAAUAUGAAAGUGGGGGUGAAUUCUGUGAGGAUGAAGAAGAUUCAGAGGUCGAGGUGGAUUCUGAUGAAGAUUAGAGUUUUGUCCCCCAAAAAAACUAGAAUUGCUGCUUGCCAAAAAAAGUGAAAAGAACUUCAGUUCUUGAGUACUAAAUUUUAUAACUGUCCAAAAUUUGUCCAUGAAGAUUUCAACUGUUCUCUUAUGAAUGAAUCGUGGGAAGCUUCACGAGGGGUGAUGUUCAAGAGAAGUAUUAAUUCCAAGUUUGUUUUCAUUAUUAAGAAGGCGUGCUGUUGAAGUAAGGGAUAUCUAGCUUGUUCUCCUGCUUUGUUUGUAAAAUUAUAGCCAAGGUCCUAGCCAAGAGAUUGAAAGAGGUGGCAAGAAAGUCACUAUCUUUCGGUCCUGGCUAGCAUGCAUUCAUUAAAAUGAAAAACGAGAUUCGCAUUUCUAAUUACUAAUGAAUGUUUGAAUAGAUCUAAAGUAAGAAGUCCGAAAUCUAGUAGGUAGUUCACUAUGUGACUCAAAGGGUCUGAUUGAUGGUUUAUAAGGACAUGUGAAUAAGUCAGUCAACUACAAAGAGGCUUCAUUUGUUGUCUGAAACAGUUCCGAUGGGGUGCUUUUAGCAUUAUUGCGUUUAUGCGACCGCCAUUUAGAGAUCCAAUUACCUGAUCUUUUCGCUGAGGUUAGGGGGAGGACAUGCAAUGGAGUAUUUGAGUUACUGAAUGACCGGGAAUUAGAGGUUGCUUCUUCCUUCGUUACUUUUCUUGGUAAUGGUGAGCAUACUUUGAGUUGGAGAAGUAGUUGUGAUUGGAUUUUCUCAAUGGAGUUGUUUAAUGUGCUUGGAAAAAUAGUUGCAAGCAGUUGGCCAGCUGAAUAGUUUAUCUAGUCUAUCCUUUAUUGAUGUUGUAUGUGCAAAUUUUAGACACAAUCAGUUUCUCGUGCCUUUAUUCAUUGAAUGGAUGCUUAAUUUCACAUCUAUUCAUAAGAGCAUAAGACUUGCAGCUUAUUACCACGUUUUAGCAGGAAAAGUAGGUAACACUAAAUUGUUGAUAUUCUGUACGAGUUUAUCAUGUUCUUUAGUAUUGUUAUUUCAAAGGGAAAGGACAAUAUGCACCCUUCUUGGCAAACAAUUUGUGAUUUUAGCAUAAUUUAAUAUACAAAAUGCUGAACUCAUUCCAUGUUGAAGCAUGCUUUAUUUUGUUGGUUUGUUUGGAAGGGAAUAAUAUCUACCAAUUUUGGCCAAAAAAAAAAAAAAAACACACACGCAAAAACAAACUGACUAUUGUGUUUCUGAAUGAAUUUGAUGUGCCUAAUCCUGGACCAAUGCCAUGUUAAUCCCUAUAAUCAAAUUAGAAUCAAGGUUGAAAUGAAGGGGGCAUUAGUUUAUAGACUUAAGAUGUGAAGGUCAAUUUUGCUUCAGCA